CUGGACACAGAAAUGAUGCCAACAUGGAAUCUGCCAACAGGAGUGUGGUGAAGAUGUUCGUCAUCCUGGCAUUCCCUGCUUCUCCACAGCUCCGCAUGCUGGCUUUCACCCUCAUCUUGUUGACAUACAUCCUCACUAUCACGUCCAAUAUGGUCAUCAUUUCAGUUAUCAAGGCAAACCGUAAACUACAGCGCCCCAUGUACUACUUCCUUGGCAAUUUCUCAUUCAUGGAGAUCUGGUACACUACUUCCACGGUGCCGAAAAUGCUAGAAAGCUUCCUGGGCGGUGGAAGUCCAAUCACUGUGGCAGGCUGCAUUGCUCAGCUCUACCUUUUCUUUGCUUUGGGCUCCACUGAGUGUUUUCUUUUGGCUACUAUGGCUUAUGACCGCUUCUUGGCCAUAUGCCACCCUCUGCAUUAUCCAGCCCUUAUGAAUCUACAAACAACCACCUGGCUAGUUACAGCAGCCUGGGUGGGCGGUUUCCUAGCUCCUUUGCUCCCAAUUGUAUUGAUAUCCCAGCUCUCAUUUUGUGGGCCAAAGGUGAUCCACCACUUCUUUUGUGAUGCAGGACCCCUCUUGAGGCGGUCCUGUGACAAUGCCUUACUCAGCUCUACCAUGGUCUCAGUGCUAGCUUCUCUUGUCAUCCUCAGCACCUGCUUACUCACCAUGAUAUCCUACACCUUCAUAAUCUCAACCAUCCUCCACAUCCCAUCAGCCACUGGAAGGCGGAAAGCCUUCUCUACCUGUGCCUCACACCUCGCAGUGGUAGUAAUUUACUAUGCUACGGUUAUUUUCAUAUAUGUACGACCCAUCUCUCCUUCAUCCUCAGAGCUGGACAAGGUGGCAUCCUUCUUUUAUGCAGUUGUUACUCCACUGCUCAAUCCAAUGAUCUAUAGCUUAAGGAACAAGGAGGUUAAAGAAGCUCUGAAGAUGAUGGUGGGCAACAGACAAAUGUUUGUGAAGAAAACCAGAACUCUGUCAAUGGAUUGUUUAUAA